GACAGCCGGAAAGCAGGAUGGAGCCAUAGAAGCAAUUCUCGCGAGAAGUAGAGUUGCGGUUCCCUCGGGAGAGGGGCGGAGGCUCAGAGGCGCACCACGUGGGGUUUGCUGCCGGAGCUGAGUCUCCGGCCGGCGUCCAGUUUGAGUCUAGGUUGGAGUUGGAGCCGUGGAGAUGCGGAAGGAAACCCCACCCCCCCUAGUGCCCCCGGCGGCCCGGGAGUGGAAUCUUCCCCCAAAUGCGCCCGCCUGCAUGGAACGGCAGUUGGAGGCUGCGCGGUACCGGUCCGAUGGGGCGCUUCUCCUCGGGGCCUCCAGCCUGAGUGGCCGCUGCUGGGCCGGCUCCCUCUGGCUUUUUAAAGACCCCUGUGCCGCCCCCAACGAAGGCUUCUGCUCCGCCGGAGUCCAGACGGAGGCUGGAGUGGCUGACCUCACUUGGGUUGGGGAGAGAGGUAUUCUAGUGGCCUCCGAUUCAGGUGCUGUUGAAUUGUGGGAACUAGAUGAGAACGAGACACUUAUUGUCAGCAAGUUCUGCAAGUAUGAGCAUGAUGACAUUGUGUCUACAGUCAGUGUCUUGAGCUCUGGCACACAAGCUGUCAGUGGUAGCAAAGACAUCUGCAUCAAGGUUUGGGACCUUGCUCAGCAGGUGGUACUGAGUUCAUACCGAGCUCAUGCUGCUCAGGUCACUUGUGUUGCUGCCUCUCCUCACAAGGACUCUGUGUUUCUUUCAUGCAGCGAGGACAAUAGAAUUUUACUCUGGGAUACCCGCUGUCCCAAGCCAGCAUCACAGAUUGGCUGCAGUGCGCCUGGCUACCUUCCUACCUCACUGGCUUGGCAUCCUCAGCAAAGUGAAGUCUUUGUCUUUGGUGAUGAGAAUGGGACAGUCUCCCUUGUGGACACCAAGAGUACAAGCUGUGUCCUGAGCUCAGCUGUACACUCCCAGUGUGUCACUGGGCUGGUGUUCUCCCCACACAGUGUUCCCUUCCUGGCCUCUCUCAGUGAAGACUGCUCAAUUGCUGUGCUGGACUCAAGCCUUUCUGAGUUCAUUUCUUCAUCUAUGAACAUAGAAGACUGGAUUGGAUGACUGAUGACAUCCACUGUGGAUAGCUACACUGCUAUCCUGGCGAUGAGGCCAUACAGUUGGUGAAAUGUGUGUAACACACCCAAAAAAUGUGCCCCAGAUGUGUUGGGUUCUCUUUUUUCUCCAGGUCUGCUUUUCUUGUCUCUACUCUGCCCCGACUUUUUUUCUUUCUUCUAGGUUUAGAAGCCAAGCCCACAGAGACUUUGUGAGAGAUGCGACUUGGUCCCCGCUCAAUCACUCCCUGCUUACCACAGUGGGCUGGGACCAUCAGGUCGUCCACCACAUUGUGCCCACAGAACCUCUCCCAGCCCCUGGACCUGCAAGUGUUACUGAGUAGAUUGGAUUUAAGACAAAAAGCAAGUCCCCCAUGAGUGUCCACUUCUUUGCCCUGCCCUGCCCUCUCAGCUUGUGAGACAACACAGGAGCCUUCUAUAGUAUGUUGAUAUGCUAGAUCUGUGCCGUUAAUAGGCAUCGUCUCUCAGCCUGAAGGAGGCUGGAUUCUGGGUUCCUGUAGUCACAGGGAGGAAAAGCUUUCUUAAAAAUGGACAUGUAUGUGUGUGUGAGUGUGUGUGUAGAUCUAUAGUUUUGGUAGUGGCAGGAAUAAAAAAAAUCCAUCCUACAUCUUCCCUAAGCACUGCCUCUCUCUCACCCCCCAAAACAAGUUGACGAAAGGGUUUUAUGUAGCUGUCUAUGAGGAAUUGGCCGUGUCUGGGUGGGUUAUGGGAUGUGGGCAUCCCUGGGUUCUUGGAAGCAGCUCUUAUGCUAGAGAUGGGAUUGACUUUAUUUUUUUAUAGUGCUUAAUUCACCAUUAUGAGAAAUGCUUCCAGUCACAAAAAUGCAGCCCAGCUCACUCUGAGGAAGAAGCAGGACUUGGUACGGUUUUACACAACUCCUUACCAUUAAACUGAAUCAGAAAUCCAUUUUCUGGCUGAAUAAAAAGUUUGGCUUGCCUGUGUAAUGCCCACUCUCUUCCCCCCGGCUCCCUAGUGAUGGGACAUAUAUGAGAGAGAAGUGUUUUUCUAUCAUAGACACCAUAGGGGAAAGUUUGGGGAUGAAGGAGAGCUUAAAGGUGUUUCAAUUAAGUUAGAAAACUGACACAGACUGUUGAGAAAUCUUUGCCACUUUUCCCACCCCAAAACAGCAUGGGGCCUGACAUCUUCUGCCCUGGUCCCCUUUCUCUUGAUGUAGAAAGUCUGAAUGCAGUAUUUAUAGACUUCUAAGGUUUUAAAAUCCAGUAUCAAGAAGAAAAUCAGAAAUACUAGUUGGUGAAAUAAAGAGUUUAGGCAUUGUUGGCCUGUCUUUUUUGAA